AUGUCUGAGCCAAACGUUUCUUCCGAGGUAGCAGAGACUGUCGUACCAAUCAAGGUGCCACAACCAGAUGAAGGCGCACCACCUUCAUUGGCACAGCCUGCAUCAGGUCCAGCUGCGGAGAUGCAUGGAGCUCUACACGGUGACGCGCCCAAAUCAGCCGAAACCAAGACCACUGAGGAAACAUCAGUCGUCAAUGGUACAGCGGACACAGCAAACACAGCAGACACGGCUGGAGCCAAUACCGAUAAAGUGGAGAAAGAGCCUGUAACCAGCAAGGAAACAGCGCCAGAAGAGAAGCCUACAGCUACAGACGCCGACACAGAAAUGAAGGACGUUACUUCUACCGAACCUGCUCCAGCUGCUGGAUCUGCAACCGAUGCCAAUGGCGCCUCUGCGGCCAAGUCGAAGCGCAAGUCUUCAGCUGGUGUACCGGAGCACCGGACCAAGUCGUUGAAGAAGAAGCAAUCUAAGCAGAAAAUCACAAAUCUGGAUGCGAAGCCCGGCGAAUACUAUCUAGCUCGCCUGCGCAGCUAUCCUCCAUGGCCAUCCAUCAUCUGCGACGAGGCAAUGCUGCCAGAUGUGCUCUUGAAUACACGACCAGUGACUGCUAUGCUGGCAGACGGAACUUGGAAAGAGCCGUACGCUGACGGUGGUAAGAAAGUGACAGAUCGGUCGUUCCCAGUCAUGUUCCUGCACACGAACGAAUUCGGCUGGAUACCGAACACUGAUUUGACACCGCUUGAGCCUGACCAGUGCAAGGAUGUGCCCGAAAAGGGCAAGUCCAAGACUCUAAUUGAGGCAUAUAAGGUCGCAGCAGAGGACCACGAUAUUCAACAUUUCAAAAACCUUCUCAUGGAGCAUGAUGCUUUUCUUCAGAAAGAGGAAGAUGCAAGACAACAAAAAGAAACCGAGAAGGCUGAAAAAGCCGCCACGGCUGAGAAAAAGAAACGCAAGUCAGAGGUAAAAGUUGACGACGAUGACGUCGAAAUGGAAGAUGCCACAGAGACAGCUCCGAAGAAGUCCUCGAAGAAGCGAAAGAAGGACGUUGAGGGUGAUGAGGAGGGUCCAGAAAAGCCUGCGAAGACCCCCAAGACAACGAAACUUAAGCUGACCACCGGCAAGACACCCUCGACCGACAAGAAGACGGACAAGAAAACACCCAAGGCGAAGUCUGACAAGAAAAAGAAGGCUCAAGACUCUGAGGAAGAGCAAGAGAUGGAGAAAGAAGAAGUCGCGCCUGUCGACCCUGUGCAAGCACGCAAGGAUCGUGAGAAGGAAGUCUUAUUCCUGCGACACAAAUUGCAGAAAGGCUUCCUUUCUCGAGACCAGGAGCCAGCAGAAGACGAGAUGCCACAGAUGGCUACCUAUAUCAAGAAGCUCGAAGCUUAUGGUGAUACUCUGGAAGUCAGCAUCAUUCGCCAGACCAGAGUCAACAAGGUCUUGAAGGGUAUUCUCAAACUGAACACGAUUCCGAAGGACGAAGAAUACCAUUUCAGAGAACGUUCGGUCAAAUUACUGGGUGCUUGGAACCAACUGCUUGGUGCUGAGCCUGCGGACGCUGAAAAGUCGGGAGCUAAAGACGAUAAGGCUAGUUCUCCCAAGACCACCUCUAAUGGUACACACAAAGAAGCUGAGGAGAAAGCAGAAGAGAAGAUUGAGGAUAAGGUCGAGGAGCCUGCAGAGAACACAGUUUCGACCGAAGAAGCAGUGAAUAAAAUUUCUGCCGAUGUUCCUGGUGAUGCAGGUGACAAGGCUGCAGCAAUCGAGGAGAUUCAGAAAAAUGAAAACCCGGCGGAAGAAGUGAAAACCACUACACCAGCCGCUCCGGCAGUAGAGGACAAAGCUCCUGCAUCGGCUGAAGGAGCUGCAGUGGCUCAGGACGUUGUGAAAGCCAACGAGUAG